AUGCAGUCGCUGCAAGAUUUGCUGCGGAAUUGGAACAACAAUUGCCUUAGGCCUGUUUGGAUGGCGGUUGAGGGUGAGUCUGAUGCAUCUCUUGCCUAUGCUGAAUACUUCAAUAUUUUAAGGACAAUUCCUCUCCCUGAACUCGACAGCCAGCAGCUGGACUUCCUUCUCCUAUGUUCCCUUGUUCCGGGUUCAAUACCAUUGCAGGACAUCAACAUCUCAAGGCUGAAAGCAGAGUCGCUCAAGCCAGGGCGAAGAUCCAGGAGGGCGCAGGCAGAAGCUUCGGGGUCAGAGACCCGGCCCCAGUCAAUCACCCGUCCCUCCAUCAAGUCCCUCCCCUUGCAUGAACUGAUCCAGCAAGUGGGAGUGCUGGGAAACAUUACACCUGCCGCCAAAAUGACACUCGAUGAUUCAAUUCUUCGUACCAUGCUUCAGCGACCCAACGAAGUCAGGGAGCCAGAUUCCCCACAGAUUGUUGGUCGCAGCAAUAGGUUGGCCUGCCUGCAUCUCAUCUAG